AUGGUCGAGGGAGCAGCUCAGAAACAGGGCGACAUGGUGUAUGAGAACUUUGAGAAGGGACGAGCUCUAAAAACCCGUUGCUUUAUUAGCAGGCGACCAGGUGGAUAG